CGUCCACUUCGAGAGCUACCUCCGACCAACAGCUUGUUCACCAGGUUCCACUCCCUUCAAGUACAACUGGGAUCUCAAGCACACCCUAUCCAGAUGCUCAGCUCUGCCCCUCCGAGAUAACAUGACCUACUUUUCUGGGACCAACAACGCCUUGUCCAAAGACCCCUGCAUUCAUCGGAUGGGGCCCAUCUGCUGCCAGCUACUGCAUUUCAUGUCAGCCGUCAACGCAGUUUACACUUUGGUGCUACCCACCCGGCAUCUUGGGGUCCAACGUUUUCAGCUUCGAGCUUGUCCCGGGUCCUGGAACGAAGAUUGUAGCAUCUUCAUCCUUCCAUAAGACAAUGUGUUGCCACAGUGCUGCAACACCAACUACAGCCGUCGUCCACGCAUUGUAUGGUGUCCUUCGGGUACCACCCGGUUGUAUCAUCUCUCCCUUCUGGAUGCACUGGACACGCUGACGCAACUGAGAGCAUUACCCCAUGGCAAGCGGGUGUUCUCCGGCUCUACCCACCAUGUGCGACUUCCACAAGAGGCCUCAAAGGACCGCACUCAUUAUGAUGAGCGCGAGGCUCACAUGUCGCCCAACCCUGCAGCCAACACUUGGGCGGCACCAAUUCCUGGAACAGGUCCCGGAAGUAGUUCAAAGUACUUCCACUUGCCUUGCCGUUGUAACGCGUCAUCGCGAUGCUUCAUGAGUCGACUUACACCAACAUGAUACAAUGGUCUCCUGGUACGACGCGCUCUCCAGACAACCUUUGCCCCAGGAUAGCUUGAUCAUGCUCGCAGAUGGACGCGUUCCGCUUCUUCUGGACAAAGCAUGUGACAACCGCUGAAAUGCAGUUGCUCAGCAUACUGACAGCGGCUGUACCGUCCCGGCCGCCCUGCCCUCAAAGGACGGCCUCCCAAUCUCCUUCAACGGGACGGGAAGGCCCGGAAUGGCUGCCUCAGUUUCUAGAGCUACACGACGAUCAGGCCGACUCAGCUUCGUGUCACCCUCUGUGCUCUCGGGGUUUUAGGUGGACAGGAAACCCCGCCUUAGCAGCUACCAGGCUUGCGGCAACAUAGCACACUAUUCGAGAGCCGUUGUGACGUCGCUGGCGGCUGAGAAGCUUCGGGGCUCAACUUGAUACCGGCGCACCUUCGGAGGGUUCACCUGCCCUUUGUCCCAUCUCGACCACCUUCCACAACUGCCCCGCCUUACGACCACCAUCUCCAUCGGAUUCUUUCUGUGGCUGUACCAAUAUUUCAUUGGCCCUAGGCCUGUGAGGUGCUUCGUGAUGCGCCUGACUUGCUUCUACACAUGGUGGCGUUUCUUGUUAGCCGGAGCAGUGUCACCAAGAUGAUUUUCGUCACCUCCAUCUAAUGGCUGCAAUUGGGUACCUUGGCUAAUGCAAGAUUGACAAGCGGGGCGCCUUUCCAGACUUGAACGACUGACUGUCGUCUCUCCUCUGGAGAAAGGCAAUCGUACCACCUUGGACUGGCUCGCUUUGGCCAGCAUUUCCUUGUGCCGAUGCGAUUACGUGCCGCGCCAGCGAGCGACAGGGAUUGGCGCAAUACCGGGUCAACCGAGCUGACUUCGAGGCAACACCACUCUCAAGUACCUAGAGAUACUCUUUGAAGGACCCCUCAGCCCCUAGAGGACCACCACCGGAGGCAGAGACAGCUGGCUGCCGGCCACCUGCCUUCCUUUUGGAUCAAUGAUGGGCCCCAAGUCGACAUCUUCUCGACUUUAAUAAUUCUGGUCAAAGGAACAACUAGGAAAUGACCAGCGAGCCUCAUCAUUAGACUUAGAUGGCGAAACCUCAAUGGGUGUAUAUCUCCUCUACGUCAAGCACUUCUUCGAGGAGCACAUAGGCCCAUGAGAAAACAAGCAAGAUUCAAGUUGAUGGUCUCGAUAGCGGUUGCACCGGAAAAUCCUGCGAUAGAACGCGGAUAAGUGUGGGCAUGGCAUUGACCGUGUUUCUUACUGUCAUGAAUGCACUCUGAUGCUGGCAGAGCUCUUCGUUGCGCAGACAUGACGAAGAAUAUUGAGUUUUCUUUCAGGAGGAGGAUUAAGAAGAAGAAUGUUCAGAAAUGGCAGUCGGCCCCGAAACACCACCCGAGGGACAACAAGUGUAGCAACUAGGCGCUUCCCCGUUCCUCAGUCGAGUGGAUGCGGUUGCAAUGUUGAACUGUGCGGCAAUGCGGCAACCUUUGGAAUACCGUUAUGGCUGGAAACUGAAGGAAGGAAGUCGCAUGCUCCGAGUGAAUGACGGUGGGUCAAUGGAGUUGCCGCUCUCCUUAACCCAGGCGGAGCCUCAAUUGUUGGAAGUCACUUCACGUCACCUCCCGCAAACGGCGGCACGUUGUUGAUUCCCGGUGGAGUGGAUUUCACCACCGGGCAACAACCGCCAACAACUAACCGACGCGACUUGCCAUCGCCCACCGCCGUUCUGCAACGGGUAGGGAACCUGGCAACGAACGGGCGGCGCUUGUCCUUUGGCCGCGACAGCUGACGAACCUUCUUCCUCGGGUCGCCAGUGGAAGUGAAUUGUAUCUUUGCGGCUCUGGGAUCCAGUUCUGGCCCGCAGGUUUGGCACCCACCAUCGAAACCGACCUUCACUACCGCCGUGGUCACCGCCUUCCUUCUGCCCACUCGCCCUUCACUCAAUGCCCGGCGAAAACGAUUUCUACUAGUACCCCUCCAGUCGUGCCUGGACUUCGCUCUCUCCCAACCCGACUUCCACCCUCUUCUUCUUCGUACAAAUACCACACAAAAACAACCCACCCUUCCUUUCGAAACAACUUCUCCUCUGUCACUGAGCAGAGCAUUUCGGCAUUGGCUUUCUCCGUCUUCUUGCUUACAGCAUUUUCUCUCGGUACCACGUACAUACCUGCGCCUUCUCUGCGAGAACGACGACUCACGACUCACGACCUGAGGAACGACUUUCUUUUCUGUUCUCUUGCAUUUCGGCGUUCGGUCCAGUACUAGAUAUCUAAUUUCUCUCGCCCUACCAAUACUCCUAGAACUACAAGAACCUCACAACAAUCAUAAUGUCUUACAAGAUUCCGCUGUCUGAGCCCAUCGCCAUUGUGGGCAGCAGCUGCCGCUUUACGGGCGAAGCCACAUCCCCCGCCAAGCUGUGGGAGCUUCUGAAGGACCCCAAGGAUCUUACGCGCGAAGUCCCCAAGGAUCGGUUUAACGUCGAGGGCUUCUAUCACCCCGAUGGUGAGUAUCACGGCACUACCAAUUCGGCCAAGGCCUACUUCCUCGAGCAAGACCAUCGCCUCUUCGAUGCCAGCUUCUUCAACAUCACCCCGAAGGAGGCUGAGGCCAUUGAUCCCCAACAGCGUAUGCUGCUGGAGGUAGUGUACGAGGCUCUCGAGUCCGCCGGUUACACCCUCCAAGAUUACUCCGGCAAGAAGGUUGCCGUCUUCGCUGGUGUCAUGACAGCCGAUUACGACACCCUUUCUCAGCGCGACGAUCUGUCUGUCAGCCAGUACUACGCCACUGGCAAUGCUCGCUCCAUCAUUUCGAACCGCGUGUCGUACUUCUUCAACUUCCAUGGUCCUUCUAUGACCAUCGACACAGCCUGCUCUUCCAGUCUGGUCGCCCUUCACCAAGCCGUUCUCUCUCUUCGCUCGGGUGAGGCUGAGAUGGCAUGCGUUUCAGGUGUCAACUUGAUUCUCACCCCCGAGCAGUUCGUCGUCGAGUCGAGCCUGCACAUGCUUAGUCCCACUGGCCGCUGCCACAUGUGGGACGAUCGCGCCGACGGUUAUGCACGUGGCGAGGGUGUCGCCGCGAUCUUCAUCAAGCCUCUUAGCAAGGCUUUGGCCGACGGUGAUCGUAUUGAGGCCAUCAUCCGCGAGACCGGUGUCAACUCUGACGGCCGCAGCAAGGGCAUCACCAUGCCCAACUGGGAGGCACAGUCCGCCCUGAUCCAAGACACCUAUCGUCGCUCUGGCUUGAACGCCAGAGACCCCAUUGAUCGUUGCCAAUUCUUCGAGGCUCAUGGUACCGGCACUGCUGCUGGUGAUCCCAAUGAGGCUAGAGCGAUUGAGGAUGCCUUUUUCGGCCGUAACGUCAGCACUUCGAGCCAAGACACGGCCGAAGUGUCAAAGCUACUUGUGGGCUCUGUCAAGACUGUCAUCGGUCACACCGAAGGUGCCGCCGGAUUGGCCGGUCUCUUCAAGGUGGUUCAUGCCAUGAUCAACGGCACUGUGCCUCCUAAUUUGCACUUCAACAGACUUCAGCCAGCUGUCGCCAAGUAUUACUCGCACCUUCAUGUGCCCACCAAGGCCCUUGCCUGGCCUUCUGUCGCGGCUGGACAGCCCAGACGUGCCACUGUUAAUUCCUUCGGAUUCGGAGGAACCAACUCGACUGCAAUUUGCGAAAUGUACGUUCCGGAGAUUCAUGACCCGGUCGCCAAGAUCUUUGCUCCGACCCUCAUUGUGCCCAAGCUCAUCAAUUCGGGCUCUCUUUCGGCUGAUGGCCAGACUCGUCUGCCCCUGGUCCUUUCCGCCAGCUCGCCCAGGUCUAUGGGCGCUGUUGCCAAGUGCUAUCGCGAUUACCUCGCGCAGGUGUCGUUGCCUCUUGAGGAGGCUGCGUGGUAUGCUUACAAGAACCGCACCGCAUUUCCUUACCGCACUGCCGUUAGCGGAUCUUCACUGUCGGACAUUAUGAAGGGUCUCGACACCUUGAUUGCAAAGGCCGAGGCUGGCAAAGCAGCUACAAUCAGUGUCCGCGCUCGCCCCGAGACCGAUGUUCCCAAGAUCCUGGGUAUCUUUACCGGCCAAGGUGCUCAGUGGGCCACCAUGUCCCGUGGUUUACUGCAGAGCAACAAUGUUUAUGCUCAGUCCAUUCGCAACCUCGACCAGGUCCUUCAGGCCUGUCCUCAUCCGCCCUCGUGGUUCCUUGAACAGGAGAUCAUGGCCGACGCAAGUCUCUCUAGAGUUGGGAAGGCGGCCAUCUCCCAGCCUCUCUGCACCGCGGUCCAGAUCGCCCUCAUCGAUCUUCUCGCUCACUUGGGCAUUACUUUCCACACCGUUGUCGGUCAUUCAUCCGGCGAAAUUGCUGCGGCUUACGCGGCGGGCAAACUUUCUGCUCGCGAUUCGAUUCUCAUCUCGUAUUAUCGCGGAAAAUACGCCCACCUCGCCAGCGGUGCCCAGGGCAGUCUGGGUGGCAUGAUGGCUGCAGGUUUGACGAAGGCAGAAGCCGAAGAGCUUUGCGCCCUGCCUCAGUUUGGCAACCGCGUUUGCGUUGCUGCCAGCAACGGACCCAGCAGUGUCACCUUGUCAGGCGACCUUGACAUUGUGCAAAAGGUCCAUGAUCACCUUGUUGACGAGAAGAAGUUUGCGAGGAUGCUGCAGGUCGACACAGCCUAUCACUCGCCUCACAUGGUGCGCCCUGCUAAUGAGUACAUUGAGGCCCUCAAGGCUUGCAACAUUGCUCCAUUGCAGGAUGGCAACGGCACCACCUGGGUGUCCAGCGUCUACGGUCAUGGUGAACCCACGUCUGAAGAGCUCGCGUCCUCCUACUGGCGCGACAACAUGGUCAAUGCAGUCCUUUUCUUUGAGGCUGUCAGCACUGCUCUGGAAGGACAAGGUCCCUUUGACUGUGCCAUCGAGGUUGGACCUCACGCGGCCCUGCGCGGCCCCGUCAUUCAGACCAUGAAGGCCAAGUCGGGAGAGGCCAUUAUCUACUCUGGUCUUCUCGACAGAAAGCUCGACGAUCGCAUUGCUUUUGCGGACUUCUUGGGCUGGAUGUGGUCUAACUUCGGCUCAUCGUCAUCAUUGAUUGAGAGGUUUGUUCAGAGCUCAGUCAAUCCUGAAUUGGCUCACCUUCGUUUCCAGCAGGGUCCCAAUUACCCUUGGGACCACUCGCAUACCUACUACCGCGAGUCACGCAUUUCUCGUCAGUAUCACUUCAGGACCCACAAACCUCAUGAGCUUCUCGGUAUUCGUACCAGGGAUGACAACGAGCAUGAGCUCAGAUGGCGCAACAUCAUGAAGUACGCCAAGCUUCCAUGGGCCCAGGGCCACAAGUUCCAAGGACAGGCGCUGCUUCCGGCUUCAGCAUACUGUAUCAUGGUGUUGGAUGCUGCACGCGUCCUUUCGGGUAACCGCGCCGCUUCUGUUGUCGAGCUGCGCGACUUGAAGUUUAUGGCUGGCAUCACGCUGGAGCCUGAGUCUCCCGGUGUUGAGACCCUCUUCUCUUUGGUGGUGUCCAACUCGCCCAAGAACGCCUCCACUAUUGAGGCCUUAUUCACGCUGACCUCGGCGCCUGCUGAUGGCACCAUUGACAUGAAGCUGAAUUUCAGUGGACAGCUUCAUAUUGUCCUCGGAGAGAAGUCUCCCAACGCACUUAGCCGUCGUCCCGCGCAGCGCGCUGAGACCCUCACCGCCCAACCCGAGGCGUUCUACAAGAUGAUGGCAGGCACAGGUCUGGAUUAUAACGGACCUUUCAAGGGAUUGACGGCCAUUGAGCGUCGCUACCAGUUUUCCUCUGGCACUGUGAAGAGGUUCCAUGCAGAUGACCAGACUGGCUUGGACAUCAGCCCUGCCACGCUGGACAGCUGCUUGCAGACUGCGUUCCUCACUGUUUCUUCCCCUGGUGACGGGUCCCUGUGGACUUCGUUCCUUCCCAAGGUGAUGAGUCGUGUCAAGUUCAACCUUGCUACCUGUCGCAGCGGUGGGCGCGAUGAUAACCUUGUUGUUGAUGCCUAUCUUACUAAAGGCACUCCUUUCUCCAAAACGGCUGCAGCCUCUUUCACAGCUGAGAUCAACAUCUUCAACCCCGAGGGCAACCUGGAGAUUCAAAUUGAGGGACUGACCGUUGGCUCCUUCACAUCGACUCGCCCUGAAAAUGACAAGGAGCUUUAUCUCACUACCGUCUACGAACUCGACCCUGAGGAUGAGAUCGUUGCUUCUCCAGCGGAGGCCCUCAAUGGCGUGAGUCCCAUGCUCUUCGAGAGCUGUGCCAGAGUUGCCUCGUUUUACGUCGAGCGUGCCGCGCUUAAACGCCUCAAGGAAACGCCCAGGGAUCUGCUUGAGCCAGCGGGUUACCAGACCGAGACUCGCUUGGUGUCCAACUCCUGGCCCAACGAGACCGAGCAGAGUCUGGAGAAGUUCAUCCGUUCUUCGCCCUAUUUCAUGACUCUCGAUUUCGUUCGCCACCUGGGAGAGAAUCUCCCUGACGUCCUUCCGGGCAUGCUCCCUACCUUGGUUCAAGAGGCACAGCAGCUCGCCUAUUUCCAGAAGCAGGUCGGCCGUGUUGUUCGCCAGAUCGUUCACAAGUACCCUCGCAUGAACAUCCUUGGCCUGACUGAUCCCGAAUUGGGCUUGACCGAGCAUCUCAUGGCAGCACUCGAUGGAUCGUUCCUUAGCUACCGCAUUGGUGGCAAGCCUGAGACAAACCUCAAGGAGCGUUCUCCUCUCGCCGAAGGGAUUCGCAAGAAGAUCAUGAUUGACGAGAUUGACUUCGAGGGCGAUGCUGAAUCUGUCGGAGGACCUUAUGAUCUUGUGGUUCUCAACACGUCCAUCCUUGAGGACAAGAAGACUCAUUCCGCGUUACAGCUUAUCAGGGAUUCGAUGCGUCCUGGCGGCUUCCUUGUUGUCGUCCAUGCAUCUCGUACUCCACUCAAGGAGAGAAUGCUUCGUUGCGCUGGCCGUACCUCGAGCAACGACGGAAUCGCCACACCUCCUGACUGGCCUGAUCUCAUCGAGGAAUGCGGAUUUGAGAACACAGCUAAGAACUCGGAUAUGUGGUUCCAUCCUGGAUUCACCCUCAGUGUAAGACAGGCAAUGUCACAGAGAAAGAAGCAGCUGCUGUGGCCUCUGCAUCACGCCACCGGAACUCCUCUCGUGAAGCAUCUUUUGAUUGUGGGUGGUAAGAAGGUCUGGACGUCUUGCAUUUCCUCUGGUGUCUUCCAGGAACUUGCCUCUUUCUGUGGAAAGAUCACCGCUGUUGACUCCCUGGAGGAUAUCCACAAUGAUGAAUUGCUCUCAUCUUGCACUGCAGCCAUCAUCCUUGGCGAUAUUGAUCAGCCUAUUCUUGCUGAUAUGACGGCCGAGCGAAUGGACACCAUUCGGUCCUUGCUGCGCCCCCAAAUGCUCAUUAUGUGGGUUACUCAUAAUGCCAGGUUCGACAACCCCGAUCAUGCCGCAUCGCUUGGCUUCACUCGAACGGUUACCGGUGAAGUCCCUGGCUUGCAUAUACAAGUGCUCGAUCUCGACACCAUUGACACCUGUCCGGCUGUUCGCGCCGUGUCGAAGACGUUCGCUCGUUUCAUCGUUCAUUUCCUCGGCCCCAAGAAUGAGGAUGAUGAGCCCCUGUGGGUUCGUGAGCACGAAGUGCACGUUGAGGGUGGCCGCUUGAUCGUUCCUCGCGUUCUCCCGUGGAAAGAGGGUAAUCAGCGUGUCAAUGCGCCCCGCCGCGUGAUGACCGACACAGUCAACACUCUGGAAGACGUUGUCGAGGUCCUCGCUUCAGCCUCUGGCCGGUACGAGACUCGGGUCGAGAAGAGCGAAGCCUAUCCUUCGCAUGUUGAAUCGGCGAUGCACGUGGACUACAGCACUGUCAAGGUGUUCAACAUCGGUGCCAUUUGCUCCGGUCAUAUCUGCAUUGGCCGCAACAACGAGACUGGCAAGGCUCAAGUUGCCCUCUCUAAAUCGAAUAAGUCCUUUAUUUCGACGGCCUCUACAAUCUUCAGCACGCUCCCUGAAGGCACUGUCGGCGUCUGUGAGCCGCUCUACCUUAGCUUGCUCAGCCGGUAUAUUUACGCUCUCACUAUCGUCAACAUGGCUAAUGGCAGGUCUGUCAUGAUCAUUGAGCCUGAUGGUCUCCUCUUCCAAUGCGCCAAGGAAGUUUGUAGCAACCGCGGCAUCUGGUUUAUGGGUGCUUCCACGGAUGAGCGUCGUAGCCGAGUUGUUCCCGAUAUUGCCUUUGUUCAUUCACAGUCAACUUCCAGGCAGAUCAAGGCCCUCUAUCCCCUCGACGGGGCUUGCAUUGUCAACAUGCUGCCCAAGACUCACGACGUCUCUCGCAUGCUUGUUGACUCGGUGCCUGAGAAUUGCGAGUAUCUCACUCAGGAUAAACUUAUCUCGACUCACUUCACGGCGCACCCCAACGCGGCAUUCGUUCAGAAGCUAUGGGAAGAGGCUGUGACACUUUCUUACAACAGCAUGAAGAGCAUGCUGCUUAAUGCCAUCGAGCCUUCUUUCGACAUCCUGGACCCCAUCACUUUGCCCAAGUUGCUUGACUCUGCUGUGUCUUCUGAGGCUUUCCAGAUGCUCGACUGGAAGGCCGAGAGGUCUAUCGCUCACAUGAUCAAGCCUAUCGUGGGUGAGAAGAUGCUUCGCCCUAACAGUACCUAUGUCCUGGUUGGCAUCACUCGCGACAUGGGCCAGAGUCUCUGCUCUCUCUUCAUCGAGCAGGGUGCUCGCCAUCUUGUCUUGUGCAGUCGAAACCCCCCGAAGGAGCAGCCUCAGUGGCAGAAGGAGCUCAAUGCUCGCGGCAUCAAGGUCAAGUUCGAGGCGAUGGAUGUUACCAACCUCAACACGGUGAUUGCCUUCAAGACGAAGCUUGCCGAAGAUUCUUGGCCGUCUGUCGGGGGCGUGGUCAACGGUGCCAUGGUUCUUGACGACCGUGUGUUCUCCGAGAUGUCCGUUGAGACUUGGAAUCGCGUCAUGAAUCCAAAGGUGGUCGGUUCGAGGAAUCUCGACAUAGUCUUCAACUCUCCGGAUAUGGAUUUCUUUAUCAUGACCUCGUCUUUCGCUGCCAUUGGCGGCCAUGCCGGUCAAUCGAACUAUGCCGCGGCUAACAUGUACAUGAACGGCAUUGCCGCUUCUCGUCGUUGCCGCGGACUGCCGGCCACGGCUCUGAACAUUGGGGUCGUCUACGGCCUUGGCUUCUUGCACCGUGAGAAGGACGAUCUGUACGCCGGUCUCGAGCGUGAGGGAUACCCGCCCAUUUCCGAGCGUGAUCUUCAUCACAUGUUCCUCGAGGCCAUUGCUGCUGGAAAGCCCGUGGGACACACCGUCUACGACAUCACUACGGGCAUGAACCGAUUCCGCAUGGACGCACCGAAUCAGCACUGGCAGCUCGAUCCUCGUUUCUCACACAAUACCCUCCCCGAGGAGGACGAGACCGCCGCUGGUUCUGCCGGCCAGCAGAUCAAGUCUCUUGCCGAGGAUCUUGAUGCUGCCACCACCAAAGAGGACGUGAUGAAGGUGUACGUGCCUGCCUUUAUUGGCCGCUUGGAGGCACUUCUGCAGAUUGCCGAGGGCGAAAUCACACCUGCCAACAGCGUCACUGAGCUUGGUGUCGACUCUCUUAUCGCAGUCGAAAUCCGCUCCUGGAUUUGGAAGACGGUCGCCCAAGAUGUUGCGGUGAUGAAGAUCCUUAGCGCUACCAGCAUUGCCCAGUUGUGCGAGGGAAUUGCCAGUGAUCUUUUGGUCGCCCGCGGUGCUGCAGCCAAGGAUUCUACUGCUCCUACUGAACAGAAGGAGACUCCCGCUGGCUCUCAGACUUUGCAGGCUGUCAGUGGCUCGGUCAAAUCAGCUCCGAGCACCACUCCAUCUCUCGAGGCUUCGGCUAGCACUUUGACUGAAGCCACUGUGGUUUCGAUUGUCAGCACUUCCACUGUGGUAUCCAGCGCCAGCACUGCUACCAGCGUUGAUGGUGACGCUGAGGAGGAUAACGCCUUGUCGGCUAGUUGGGAGGACGUAGGAAAGAAGGAGUCUUCCAUUUUUCUCUGAGCGAUGGAUGGUGGGAUUUUCCGGUGCGAUUUGGUUUGAUGGUUUGAUUUUCUGAGGGUUCGGCUUGGUUUCUUUUUCAUUCUCUCUACUACUUGUUGUUUUUUCUCUUCUCUUCCACUAUACUAGAGUGGAAUCUCUUUUUCUAGAUCUUUUUGCACUUGCUCUCACGAGCUGGCUAGAUAGUCAUGGUCACUAUACCCUCAGUAACCUACUACAUGGAUUCGGCGUUCUGCUUGACAACUUAGGGUUUCAAUGGUUUUGCAGUCAUAGGUUACCGGAUAUAGGUCGGACAGGCUUACACAUUUUCAAACACUUUGCUCUGAAUACAAGGACAAGUGGGAAAUGGUUUAUAGAGAUAGUUCUCGGAACAGGCAAAACUAAAACAACG